AUGCGGUGGUCCUCAGCCUUGACAUUGCUCUCGGUCCUAGGAGGUGUAUCUCUGUCCUUCGCCAGCGAGGAAAAACCAUGUACUAUUCACAGCAACGGGAAAUAUUAUGACCUUAACCGUCUUAAAGCAAGCAAGGAUUACGAGUUCAAGACACUGGGCGGGCACGACGCAGUUCUGAACGUUUGCAGAGCGGUGCAGCACGAGACGUGGGGUUUGAAGACAGAAGACCCUUCGGAAGUAGCUGGAUUUAUUCGUAAAGACCACGGAGACUUCUCUAUAGGGAAGGUUAAUACAACGCUGACGGUCAAGGAUUCGAAUUUGUUACUCACUUAUCACGGCGGGUCGGUCUGCAAAUCUACAGACGGGCUGCGAGCGACAACGACCAUCAAGUUCAUAUGUGAUAGCUCAGUCUUCUCUGCUGGCGUGCCUCGCUUUGAAGCACAGUUCCCAGAGGAUGACGACACGGCAUGCGGGUUCUUCAUAGAAUGGCGCAGCCAUUAUGCUUGUCCCACUGGUGAAGGGGGUCCAUGGGGGUUCUUCGCUAUUUUGAUAGCCUUUGCGCUAAUCCUCGUCAUGAUAUACCUUGUCGUUGGGACCCUUCACAAUCGCUUCGUCCUUCAGCUUCAAGGCUUCGAUCAGGUUCCCCAAUUCUCUUUAACCAGCAUGGUAUACCACGCUCGCCAUGCCAUAGACUGGCUCCGGGAAGCUAUUGCAACAGGUUCCUUCCACAUGCCGAACCCUUCGGCUACCAAUCCCGUUAGCCAUCAAUCCAGCGUCCAAGGCAUGCCGCACCCGCAACACCCUCGACCAAUCAACCGAAGCGGACGCCCAGAGACAAAUCCCUUCAGCCAUCAGACCCAGGUCGGGUUAGGGUCCUCAGCUCAGCUUGACCCGACGAAAGCGCAAGCACUCCCACAUUCUCGGCGGCGACAAUUCGAUUUGGAGAGUGGGGGUUCUCAAGAAGAAAGGGAACACAUACUAGGGGUCGAUGAUGGUCUUGAUGAACAAGAGCUCGUCGAUGUACCGAAAAAAACGGAAACUUCCCCGCAGCCGCCUCCGACCACCGACCAGUCGGACGUGGCCGACGUCAGAGGCCGGGGCUUGGGCAUCGACGGUGUCAUCCGACUGUAA